AUGUUUGGACUGUUCAAGGACCGGGAUGAAGAGCGUCAGCAGCAACAAUACCAGCAGAACGAGCCGAGAUGGGAGUACUCGAGGUGUACCGGGAAGAAGAAGGCUGUUUUGAUCGGAAUCAACUACUACGGCCAAGAUGGAGAACUCUCUGGGUGUAUCAACGACGUGCAGAACCUCUAUGAAUUCCUCACCACGCGCAGGGGAUACAACCCGGGAGACAUCGUAACUCUCACCGACGACCAGGACCAUCCUCGAAGGAUCCCCACCAAGGAGAAUAUUCUGACGCCCGGCUCCCAGAUUGCAGCGGCCAAUUGGCUCGUCGCCGACGCUGCUCCCGACGACGCACUCUUCUUCCACUUCUCUGGCCAUGGUACCCAUGUCAAGGAUCACGAUGGAGACGAGCAUGACGGUCGCGAUGAAGCUAUCUGCCCUGUUGACUUUGAUAGUGCUGGCCUGAUCGUGGAUGAUCAACUCCAUGACCUCCUCGUCAAGCCCCUCCCCGUCGGAUGCCGAAUGACCGUUCUAUUCGACUCCUGCCACUCCGGUUCCGCUCUGGAUCUACCUUACAUGUACAGCACCGAAGGAAAGAUUAAAGAACCCAACCGCCUCGCGGACGCUGGCCAGAGCCUCCUCUCUGCCGCUCAAUCUUACGCCGCAGGUGACAUGGGUGGACUCUUCCGAUCCGCUCAGACGCUCUUCUCGGUGGCCACUGGGCAGAAUGAUGAAGCGCAUCAGUUGACGAAGGAGACGAGGACGAGCGAAGCCGAUGUGAUCUUCUUGAGUGGAUGCAAGGAUGAGCAGACUAGUGCUGAUACGGUUGAGGGAGGGGAGGCUACUGGUGCUAUGAGCUUUGCGUUCAUCUCGGUUCUCACUGAGAAGCCCCAACUCACAUACAAGGAACUCCUCGUCAAUGUCCGCGAGAUUCUUAGGAACAAGUAUAGUCAGAAACCUCAGCUUUCGGCUUCGCAUCCUAUUGAUACGGAUCUGCCAUUCGUAUGCUAA